AUGGCUUUUAACGGUUCUAACCCUCGCGCAAAGAGACAGCGUACCACGGGACAGAGCUCCACCUCCUCAAAUGACAUAAGGGUCGACCUUGAAUCAGCAUUUGUGAAAGACACACUCAAGACGAAGAAAUCAAAAGCCACGCUUGAAGCAAUCCUCCGCGACUGGUCUGAAGGAAAAUACCCCAAAGAAAGUUUCUCAUCCCCUCCCCUCGUCGCUCAUAUCUUGGACUGCAGCUGGCUCCACCUCGAAUUGUUCGAUCCCACCAACCCGACUGCCUUGCUCGCCAAGAAGGACGCGGACAAACUCAAAGCCUUGAUUCCCAUUGCCGCGAAACUGGGGUUCACCAUCGCCUUCGCAGGAUUGAAGUAUACAGUCUCUGGUGAAAGUUAUGGGUGCAUGCACCCCAGGUGUGGGAGUGGUGGUGGCGGCUGGAUGUGCGCCUUUGAUAGGAACUCGUUCGAUGAGGACCAUGAGCCAGUUCUUAGUAUCGACGAUUCGCGCACGACUGCUUGCGAGUUGUGGGGUAUCGUCGACUUGGAGGGCAGGAGCUUGAUGAAGAAGGUGAAGCUUCGGAAGGGAUCGUCGAGUGGACACGCUUUUGCCAGCGGAGGCGAAUCGGAGGACGAGGAUGAAGACGCGGAGGAGGAUGAAGAUGAGGAGGACGAAGACGACGGUUCAGACUCAGACGACGAGGGGACUGGGCUUAAGAUCCCUAUUGAAGAAAAGGCGUUUAUCGUUCGCAACCCCUUUGAGGACGACGAGCCGGACGAGAAAGACGAAGGGUACAUCGAGGACCAUAGCGCGACUCGCGAUAUUUGUCACGUAUACGAACGUACACUGCUCCUCCUGUUCCACGAGAAAGACGAGAUAGAAGUGCUCUACUACUUCCGGGACGGCACCAACUGGACCAUCCCUCAGCUCGAGGCAUCCUCCAAGUCUCCCUCCGACGAAGAAAGGGCUCUCGCAGCCACGACGCUCGCCGCACUGAAAGAUUUCCGCUUUGGCGACGACCAUCCCAUUGGAUCACGAAUCUGGUCACCUCGGAACUUCCAAGAUAGGCAGGACUAUUACGAGGCAAGGGACGUCCUCCUCAAGUCUGCAGUGAAGUGGAAGGAUGUCGACCUCUGGACCAAAGUUGUUGCUAAAUGCCAUGGGUGGCGCGAUCCCAUCGAAGACGAGGCAAUCAUCGAAGGUUUUAAUACCUUCCAGUUCCAAACAAUCAGAUCCAGUUUGGAUGUACUGGUCCGAAGUAGCAAAAAUCCUAACAAGGUCAUUCAAGCGCUUAACAGGCACGCCGCUCAGAAGACGGACACAGCUGUUCACCAAUGGAUCUCGGUCUGCUUGGCCCAACAAGGUUCGCAGUCCUAUGCGUAUGGCCAUGUUGGAGGAGCGAAGCGAAAGAGGAUGUAGCAGCUUCAUCAUGUGCAUACUGCCAGUGAUCUACCGACCUUAGCACUCAUGUAAAUAAUCGAGUCCUUGAUCUUGUAUUUAUUCGGCACCUUGCCCUAGCAUGCAUAUAUGUC